UUUUUUAUCCAUAUUACCCAUAGAGUUUAAUGGAUAAAUAUAAAUUUCUUAUACCGUAUUGAAAUAAUCAAACGGGAAGAGAUGAUAAUAAAAUAAUUAGAAACAAGAAUUUAAAAUAAUCAAAAAAAGAAAGUAAAGCGAUACAAGCUCAAAAUAAUAAAAUAGAAAAGCCAAACUAGAUAGAAACAUCAUAAAAAAAAAUAAAACAAAAGGAAAAUGAGUUCUCAAAUAAGCCAAUCAGUAAAAAGGGGAAUUGCUUUAUUUGGCAACAAUUUUGUUUUGCCAUUUGAAAAUUAAACUCACUUAUCAAAUUGUCUUUCUGUGCAAUACCUUUAAUUUUGCUAAAAAUAUAACUCUACUAAUCAAUAAAAGCAAGCCCUAUAAAACAAGAUGAAGUAAACAAUAACUACUCCCUUCUAAUAAUCAAACACUAAUUCUCCAUCCAAAUCUCAAAUGAUUACUUCUCCAAAAUAUUAUGACUACUUAGUCUUAGCACCAAGAAAGGCUGAGGAAGUUUAAGUAAAUAACUAAAGGGAAUAUUAUGACAUUGCUACAAUAGUCACUCUAUAAAAAUGCGCAGAAACAGGAGCCAUAAUAGCCUUAAGCAAAGGAGUUGACUCAUUGGUUAGAAUAAAAAAGAGUGGAACUGAAAAUAGAUUUGCAGCUAAAUAUACUUCAUGCAAUCGUCUUAUUGUAGAAAAUGAUCCCCAUAUUCGUAGUAGUUCCAUAAUUAAAGCCAGUGAUCUUCCAUUUGUAGUUAAAGAUCAAAGAAAAUUAUUUUUCUGCGACUACGAAACCAUUCAUAAUGAUGUUCCUAAAUAUUCUGAAAAGGAAAAAGAACAUUUUGUAAGAGCAAUUUAUGAUUUGGCACAAAAAACUAACUUAUAAAACUUCAGUUAAAAAGAAUUCCUUGAAGAUUUAGCUGCAGACCCUAAAAGUUCAAUGUUCCCUCGCUUGCAACUUUUCUAAAUCCUAAAGCAUUUAGACUACAAAUACUAUUUCAAUAGAGACAGUAGUGAGUGGUUGGAUUAAAAAUAUGAAAUUCUUAAAGCAAAGAAUGAUGAAUAAAUUCUUUAGUUUUUGCAUUUCGUAUAGAAAUAACUGACUGAAUGAUGAGUUCAUUCACCAAAUCCCUCUUAAAAAUCUUAAUCUUAAACCUAAAAAACAAAAAAAAGAAGUGUUAGAAUUAAUUUAAUUCAUCUUCUUUCAUUUAACUAAUUUAUCAACCAAUCAAUUAGUCAUUAAAACAAAACAAAGAAAAAAACAAAAAACAAAAACAAAAAAACAAAAAUGCAAAUAAAUAAUACUGUUCAAUUCGACUCAUAAACAAUUUACUUAAUCUAAAUAAUACUCCAUAAUUUAUUUCCUCAGAGGAAAAAAAAAAAAUACAGAUUAAAUAAAACAACUUUAUAUAAAAAAUAUUAUUCAAUUAUUAUCUCAAGUUUCUCUAUACUUUAUAUUUUAUAAUAUAUUAUUUAAUUAUUUUUCUAUAAUAUUUU